AUGGUUACGGACUAUCCCCAGACCAUCUUCAAGUACCAGCAUUCUCACCAUCACCUCUACAUUUUGCUGAAAACAGCCCGCGAGAAAUCGGUCUGGCAUGCUAUAGUCGCCUUGGGCUCGCUGCAUGAGAGGUUUGUUGAGAAGGAGCGGGAACUGAGUGGGCUUGAUUUUCUGCGUCGCGAACAAGACGCGUUUACGAUUCGUGAAUAUUCGACGGCAAUCAGGGCCCUUUUGAGCCCGUCUGACCAGAUGAACGACAGGUCUGUGGCUAGCGGUUUUGGGAAUGUUACUAUAGACAUUCUUUCCGGCCAUUACACCUCCGCCGUCAACCACGUUCGAAGCGGCAUCAAAAUCCUCCAUGAUGUCUACUAUGAUGCCGGCUGUGGCGUAUUUCGGCAUCCCCAUUUGCUUCCAUCCACGGUGUCAAACCUGGAAAUUGAAAGUAUACGCAAGAUUUUUGUCUAUUUACACACUCAAACGUCGACUUUGACACGCAUCGAGGUAGACGUCCCAGCACACAGUCCUCUCAAUACACCCGAAACAUCCGAGACGCCCUUCCCAUCAAAUAUCCAAAUCCCAGAAUCAUUCACCUCCGUCGCAGAAGCAGCCGCCAGUCUAAACUCGCUGAAGCGCAGCUAUAUAAUCCACUACCGCAACAUCAUGCAGGCCGUCUCAAUCGGCAAAGCGCCCGAAACAUCCGAAUAUCUGUUCGAGCAAAUCGGAUCCUCGGUUCCGCGAUGGUGUGCCGCUUUCGCGCGUUUCGAGGAGUCGCGCAGACACUUGCAUGAUGGAGAGCAAACUGGGUUGAAGAUCGUCAAGAUUCAUCAGUUGCAUAUGGUGAUGUAUUACGAGUACGCGCGGGCUAGUGAGAGGGCGUUAUACCGGAAUGAACGCUCGCUGUUCUCCUGGGAUGACUAUAACGAUCAAUUCGCAGAGAUGGUUUCGAUGGCAGCUUCAGUCGUCGGAAAUAGUCACGGAACUUAUUCAUCACCACAAGGCGGCCAAAUCCAGCCAGUCUUCUGUCUUGAUGAUGGCGUCUUGGCGCCGCUAUAUGAAGUCGCGACCCUCUGCCGUGAUCCAGCGAUUCGCCGACGGGCUGUAGAUAUCUUGCGGUCGGCGCCGCGGCAGGAAGGCUUGUUUAAUAGUCAUCUGCUCGCAAUGGUCGCCGAGAAAGCUAUCGCCAUCGAAGAGAAAGCUGCAAUCACAGCUUCCGGCAGCAUGGAUUAUGUCUCCAUUGUCACCAACACUAAGCCAGAAAACCCUGACGCUAGUAAUGCUGUAAUUACGGACAGUCUUCAAAUCCCCGAGUCCGUGCGUCUGGUCUAUGCAUUUCCGAAAUUCGAUCUGACUCAAAAACGGAUUUCGUUGACGAUUGGGCCGUCGACGACCAGGGAGAUUGAUAUUCCGUGGCCGGCAUUGGACUUUUUGGUAGGCAGAUGA